UUUAAAAGACUGUGUUUACAUCCAACUGUAUAUCAUCAUCAUGGUCAUUUGACUUAUUUGAUAUUUGUUGUUUAUUGUGAUACACACUUGAUCAAUGAUGACUUUCAGCAAGUGGGAUUAUCCUGGGGAUCUGAGAUGUAUCUAUCACAAGGAAGAUUUAAUGCAGGGGGUACUGCUAUACUGCAUAAUAUUCUGCAGUCGCUCCCUACAAGAUGGCUACGUAUCGUUGUGAGUGAAAUGGAGAAUGACUUGAACACAGAGAAACGGACUUUGGCACAACUUGGUAACAUUCCAGAACCAAUCGGAGAGGACAUGAAACUGGACCCUUCGUUCAUGAAAGAGUUGGACUUUCUCUCCGGGGUCAUUAUUGGAUUUGAUGUAAAUAACAACAUUAUUGAAGAUUUUUUAGAUCCAUCGACACAUUUUCUGAAGAAUUGCUUUGGAGGGAAUAGUUUUGACUUGAUAGACGAUCCUGUGUAUCUGAAUUCUGUCGUCAACGAUGUUCUCGAUUGUGCAGUCAUAGGCGUGGAUCUGUUGAUGGAUUUGGUGGACAUUGCUCCCGUGAGAGAUACGGAUCUCAGGUCAGAACUAAUCAGAAGAAUGCAGCUGAUGGGAGAAAUUGCUUAUGAAAUACAAGCGCUGACUGAACUUCUGAACGAACUCAAACGAAACGUAGAAGAUGAUUGUAUUGAUCAGUGAAUUGAAAGCCCUCUCUGUCCGUCCCUGACCUUGACGGAACUGACGUAGGAUCUAUGAUGACCAUUACGCUACGGAGACUUCCUGUAGUGACAUAUCCGUUCUUCUUUCUAAUUUAAUUCAUUUAUCUCUGUCUAUCUUAUAUUUAUCUCUUUAUAUCUUGUAUUUAUUUCUGUAUAUCUUAUAUUCAUCUCUAUAUCUUCUAUUUAUCUUUAUAUCUUGUAUUUAUCUCUCUAUAUCUUAGAUUUAUCUCUAUAUCUUGUAUUAAUUUAUGUAUAUAUUGUAUUUAUCUCUUUAUAUCUUAUAUUUAUCUAUGUAUAUUUUGUAUUUAUCUCCUUAUAUCUUAUAUUUAUUUCGGUAUGUCAUGCAUCAAUCUUUGUAUCUUAUAUUUAUCUCUAUAUCUCAUAUUUAUCUCUGUGUAUCUUAUAUUUAUCUAUGUGUAUCUUAUAUUUAUCUCUGUAGAUCUUCUAUUUAUUUCUAUAUCUUGUAUUUAUCUUCUAUUUAUCUCUAUAUCCUGUAUUUAUCUUUAAAUCUUGUAUUUACCUCUAUAUAUAUUGUCUUUAUCUCUGCAUAUCUUGUGUACAAUAUUUUAUCUGUCAUCAUACUAAUUACGUAUGUAUAUUGUUUUCUUUCUGUACGAAUACAUUUCCGUGUAAAA